UUUGUGAUGCACGUAAUGUGCAUCGUCACUUGCUUCUCUGUCCAGUAUCAGGGUCGACCUUCAACCACAGACUUUGGUCCACCGUAUUAUUUAUCCAACUCAUUUAAGGUUUAUCGCAACGUUUUUCUCAAUCUGUUCCACUUCAUCUCAACGUUUACAACUAAUUUUGGGUAUAAAAUUAAGUCUGGAAUUGACAACAAUUUAAUUUCCAUGGUUACCGUGUCCAAAACCUGGGCAAUAACUAAAUACUUAAUCGAGCUUAUUUCCAAAAUCAUGAUUUCUCUCCCCAUCCUUAUCACCGCGUUUGUCGGGGCGGUCAUUUACUACACGUUUUUUGUCAGGAGGAAAAAUAAAUUCAAAUUGGGCGGGAAGUUUCCGGAAGGUCCUCGAGGACUCCCAUUUAUAGGAAAUAUGCACCAACUCAACAAGACACAUCCUUUCCUCUUUCCUGCAAAAUGGGCAGAGCAAUACGGAGAUAUUUACGCGAUUUCGAUGGCUGGAGUCAAAACGUACGUCAUCUCCGACUAUAAAAUGGUGAAGGAGAUUUUCUCCCAAGAACCUGCCUUCGCCGGACGUCUUCAGACAGGAGGAGAAAUUCCGUUAAGCGACUUGUACACGAAUGGACAGCUUCAUGGUAUCAUAAACACGGAAGGCAAACCAUGGGAAGACCUCCGCCGCUUCACCCUCCGCCAACUGCGUGAUUUUGGUUUUGGCAAAAAUACGAUGGAAGCCUUCAUUAUGGACGAAGUUAUGGAAGUCCUGGACUGGAUGAAAUCAGUCGAAGAGGAAUCAAUUCCCGACAUUAAGAGCAAGAUAACUGUCGCUGUCGUCAACUCUUUGUGGAUGGUCAUUUCCGGUCACCGCUAUAAGCAUGACGAUCCAAAGAUAUUGGACUUGUCGAAAGAAUUAACGGUAGUUCUUGAAGAAGCCGCAUCAAGUGGUGGGAUAGCCUUUUUUUGGCCGUGGGUGGAAAAACUGGGAUUUCAAGGCUUCACUGCGUAUCGCAAUUACCAGGAAAAAAUGAGAAACCUCUUCACUGAUGUGGUUCGGGAUCAUCAAGACACUUAUUCUGCGGAUUACUCGAGAGAUUUUAUCGACGUUUUUCUAAAAGAGGUUAAAUCAUGCGAUGACCAUGACUCCGCUUUCUUCAAAGACGUCGGAGAACGACAACUCAUCGCCGUUGUGAAAGAUCUCUUCGAGGCUGGGACCGAAACAUCGUCGACCACACUAUCUUGGAUUUUCUUGUACAUGGCGACCUUUCCCGAAGUACAGAAAAAACUACAAGAGGAGAUUGACGAUGUCGUUGGAACUUCUAGACUUUGCUCUAUUUCUGAUCGACCAAACCUCCCCUACGUCGAAGCCUUCCUCGCCGAAACGCUCCGCUACUCCUCCAUCGUUCCCGGCGGUGUUGGACAUCGCGCCCUGUUUGACGUCGUCUACAAAGGCUACGCAUUUCCUAAGGGUACCGCAAUAAUGCCGAAUCAGUACGGAAUCCAUUUCAACCCAAAGAUCUGGGGCGAUCCGCAAAACUUCCGGCCGGAACGAUUCCUAUCUCCGGAUGGCAAAUCGUUCAAGAAACACGACGCCCUCAUCGCAUUUUCUACCGGAAAACGUCAAUGUGUUGGCGAAACGUUGGCGCGAGACACGCUUUUUCUCUACACGUCAAACAUUUUCCAAAGAUUCCAAAUAAAAUUUGACCCAAAUAAGGCCAACUCUAAUCCUGGUUUUGGAUCAAUGGCAGGUUUCGUUAUGUCGCCGCUGCCCUACAGUAUUGUUCUAAAAGAUAGGACGAUGUAAUUAUGACUGGUAAUCCAAUGGUGCAUAAAAUUAUGAAGUAAAGUGAUCAUUAAGUAAUUGAGAUAGAUAAUUAUCAAAAACUGUACUCAUGGAUAUAUCUUUAAGCAGUUGGGUUGAAUAAACUAAAAUUUGAUAAGCCCAC